AUGUGGCCGAGCACUGUUCCAGGGGCGCCUUUGGGUGUGGUGCCAAGAGAGCCCACACGGUUGCCACCAUUGACAGGUGAUGGAGACGAGGAGGCCAAGCGCGGCACCCGACCCCGCAGAGGUGCGAAUGAUAUGGCCUCCUUGUCGCGGAAACGUCGCGACCUGGCGCUGGCGAACCGCGAGCACGCCAUGCUCACCUUGCCUGGAACCUUGUUGAAGUCGCCCAAACUACGCCAAAGCCCCGCCCUGAUGGAGCCAGAGCGUUUGGCCGCACCAGGCGAUGGAGCUGAAGAGCCUCCUCCCGACGUUUCGGAAGGUCAGAAGGAGAUCCAGCGCCUACAAGAGGAGCUGCGACUUCGAUCGGCCGAAGCGGAGCAGUACAGGGCGAGCUUCAAAAAGAAGAGUGAGGAAUAUGAAGGGUGCAAGGUCCUGUUAGACGUGGCCCAAGCCGAGUUGCAUCUUUGCCAAGAGCGUCUUCACAAGCAGUCCCCAGCACCACCGAUGCUCAAGCAGCGCCGUCUGAAGGGUGUCGGGAUCUAUGCCAGCGAGCGGGAGGUGGCUGAGGAAGUUGCCGCUUGGUCGGUGUCUUUGACCCUGACCCGGGUCAUGCGAGCCAUACAGGCCCAACGAGGAGAAGAGGAGGAGUUAAAGACUGCGGAAGGUUUGGCCAUCAAGGUGAAGCGACAGCAGGAACUCCUGAGGGCUUCAGAGGUGAAGAUUAGAAGGCUCGAAGAGAGGUGCCAACGACAACAGGAAAACUUUCGAUCCCAGUUGGCUGCAGCCCAAGCGGAGAAUGAUGAGGAAGUGGAGGCAGCCAAUGCCCAGCUGAAAGAGCUCGAGCAAGAGCGGGUGAGGGCCGAGAAGCACUUCCGGUCACGGCUGGCUGCGGCGGACUCCGAGAACGACGCGGAAGUUCAGGCUGCCAAUGCCAAGAUGAUGGAGCUUGAGCGAGAGCGAAUCAGAGCAGAGGCAAAGAUCAAGUCCGUGAAAGAGAAAGACUUGCGGCAACAGGAGAACUUCCGAUCGCAGCUGGCUGCAGCCCAUGCAGAGAAUGAUGAGGAAGUCGAGGCGGCCAAUGCCAAGAUGGCGGCGCUCGAGCAGGAGCGCAUCAAAGCAGAGGCAAGGAUCUUGUCGCUGAAAGCUAAAGAGCACCAGCAGCAGGAGAAGUUCAGGGCACAGCUGGCCGCCGCCCAAUCUGAGAAUGAGGAAGAACUCCAGGCCGCCAAUGCCAAGAUGGAAGAGCUUGAGCGAGAGCGAGUCAAAGCCGAGGAGAGCUUCAGAUUGCGUCUAGCUGGUGCCCAAUCUGAGAAUGAUGAAGAAGUGCAGGCGGCCAACGCCAAGAUGGCAGAGCUGGAGCAAGCACGUACCAGGGCAGAGGCAAGGAUCAAGUCGCUGAAAGCGAAAGAGCAGCAGCAACAGGAGAGCUUCAAAGCACAGCUAGCAGCAGCUCAAUCUGAGAAUGAUGAAGAACUCCAGGCAGCCAAUGUCAGGAUGGAAGAACUUGAGCGGGAACGAAGAAAGGCAGAGGAGAGUUUCAGGCUACAGCUAGCCGAUGCCCGAUCAGAGAACGAUGAAGAAGUGCAGGCGGCCAACGCCAAGAUGGCAGAGCUGGAGCAAGCACGUACCAGGGCAGAGGCAAGGAUCAAGUCGCUGAAAGCGAAAGAGCAGCAGCAACAGGAGAGCUUCAGAGUACAGCUGGCCGCAGCUCAAUCUGAAAAUGAUGAAGAACUCCAGGCCGCGAAUGCCAAGAUGGAAGAACUUGAGCAGGAACGAAUAAAGGCAGAGGAGAGCUUGAGGCUACAACUAGCCGAAGCCCGAUCAGAGAACGAUGAAGAAGUGCAGGCUGCCAAUGCCAAGAUGGCAGAACUAUUGCAAGAACGCAGAAGCGCAGAGGCAAGGAUCAAGUCGCUGAAAGCGAAAGAGCAGCAGCAACAGGAGAGCUUCAAAGCACAGCUAGCAGCAGCUCAAUCUGAGAAUGAUGAAGAACUCCAGGCUGCAAAUGCCAAGAUGGAAGAACUUGAGCGGGAACGAAUAAAGGCGGAGGAGAGCUUCAGAUUACGGCUAGCUGAUGCCCGAUCCGAGAACGAUGAAGAAGUGCAGGCUGCCAAUGCCAAGAUGGCAGAGUUGUUGCAAGAACGCAGCAGGGCAGAGGCCAGGAUCAGGUCACUGAAAGCCAAAGAGCAGCAGCAACAGGAGAACUUUAGAGCACAGCUGGCCUCGGCUCAAUCUGAGAAUGAUGAUGAACUCCAGGCUGCCAAUGCGAAGAUGGAAGAGCUUGAGCGGGAGCGAAUCAAAGCCGAGGAGAGCUUCAAAUCACGGCUGGCCCAUGCCCAAAACAAGAACCGUGAAGAAGUGCAGGCUGCCAACGCCAAGAUGGCAGAACUGGAAGAAGAGCGCAGCAGGGCAGAGGCGAAGAUCAGAUCACUGAAAGCAAGAGAUCAGCAGCAGCAGGAGCAGUUCAGAGCACAGCUGGCUGCAGCGCAAUCUGAGAAUGAUAAAGAGCUCCAGGCGGCCACUGCCAAGAUGGAGGAACUGGAGAGGGAACGAAUCAAGGCUGAGGAGAGCCGCCGCUCCGAGCACGACGACGUCACCCAACUGGCAGAGCUGGAGCAAGAGCGCCAAAGGGCGGAGGCGAGAAUCCGCUCCCUGAAAGCAAGAGAGCAGGAGCAGCAGGAGAAGUUCAGAGCACAGCUGGCCGCAGCUCAAUCUGAGAAUGAUGAAGAACUCCAGGCAGCCCAUGCCAAGAUAGCGGAGCUUGAGCGGGACAGACUCCAGGCUGAGGAAGCUAUCAGAUUGCGGGUGGCAAAGGCUGAAGAGAUGGAGGCCGCCAAUGCCAAGAUUGCAGAGUUGGAGCAAGAGCGCAGCAGAGCAAAGGAGAAGGUCAAGUUGUUGAAGGCAAAAGAGCUGGAACAACAGGAUAAAUUCAGAGCACAGCUGGCGGCAGCUCAAUCUGAGAAUGAUGAAGAACUGCAGGCGGAGAAUGCCAAGCUGGCAGAACUGGAGCAAGAGUGGCGAGUGGAGGAGCUGACGCGGCCACGGCCCAGCAUCGGGUUGAAAGGACAGCUCCCCACCAUCCAGGAACACCAAGUGCACCAAGAGCCUUUUGUGUCAUCCAGCGGCCAGAUGCAACGAGACGCUGCCAUGGCCGGAGGAGCACUCUCCGAGGCUGCUCGAAGAGAGACAUGGAACGAUUCUGAUCGUGCCAGUGGAACUGAAUGGGACGUGCCUGAAGACAGAUGGCGUGAGGAAGCGGCAUCCGAGUUCAUCCGAGAGGAAGGACUACAAGAAGACGAGGACCUAGAUGAGGAAGCACGUCGCAUCGCGCAGAAGGUGCAGCCUCUUCGCCGCGGUGAUGCAGCCUCUCGUUCCCCUCCGCCUGAUACUGGUGGCACUCCGACUCCGGUGGAGGACGCACGGCGUGGUGAAGUUGAGCCUUCGACCACUCGUUGGACGCAAACCUCACCGACUGCAGAAGGCUCAGAGGCCAAGCCAGAAAAGGCCCUGGUCACUGCACAAGAGGAAGUUCGUGUCAUGAAGCUGGUCGUGGCGAACUCCAAGAAAGAGAUUGCAUAUUACAACAAGGUGCUCAUGGAGAAGAAUGCUGAACAUCAGCAGGAACUUCAGGAGCUGCACGAGUCUUUAGAACACGAGAGGCGUCGCUGCACCGAGGACAUGAAACACUGGAAGGCCCAUGUGAAGAAGGAGCUGGGGAAGGACCCCAUUUUGGCGGUGGCGCUCACCAUGUGGGAGCGCGAGGUGACCAGUUUGAGGACCUCCCACGCUUUCAAGGAGUGGAAGCGAAAGACGAACCAAAUCCUCAAAGCUAGAGGAAUGUCAGGAAAGAUGGCGCUUCUGGUGGCGGUCCACUGGGUUCUGAGGGAUUGGCGUGUGGCGGUGAUGGAGUUCCAGGCCGAGCGGAUGAAGGAGAAGCUUCAUCUCAGAUGGUUCAGCUCCUUAGAGCAGGCCUCCCAUGCUUGGGGUCGCGAAACAGACCGUGGGCUUAAGCAUUGGGUCUUCGUUGGGUGGACCUGGCAGAAGAAGUUUUCCGUGUGGGAAAGGCGAACGAAUGAGAAGGUGCAGUUCACACUGCGGAGAUGGUUCUAUGCCUUGGACACUGCAUUGCGGUACUACGCAUUCUUGGCAUGGUAUGAGGCAUUGAUGGAGGCGAAGUUGCAAAGCUUCCAGAUGCAGGUGGCUGGAAAGAAGAGCGCCUUCUUGAAGGCCAUCCUGGCUUUACAGCCCUCGAUGACUUCCCUGACCAGCCGCGCCAUUUUCUAUGCCUGGCGAUGGAUGAUCGGAGACACCCAGGUCACCGCUUUCUCCAAUGCGCUGCGGCAAACGCGGCGCCGGUCCAACCAGCUGGAGACAGCGGUGAUAUUUUUGGCCUCUGAAACCCAUUCCGUGAUGAAGCUUUUCGUCUUCAAACAUUGGCUGAGCCUUAUGGAAGGUGAAAAAGCCAAGACCAUCGAGAACCAGUUGAAAAAGACGGGCGCCUCACUGCAGAUGCUGAAAGCCCUGACGCACUACGCGCACGACGGGUCUCCCAACAUUUUGCUGCAAUCAAUUCUUUUGGCUUGGCGUCGGCUCUGCAGUGAUGGUAAGCUGGAACCUGAGCUGUUGGUGCCCAACUCACGUUACACCAUGGCCUCCUGCAUCUCUGCUUGGGAUUUUGCUCUGACGAGUGUGGCGAUACUGGGCUGGCACAACGUGGCACGGCGCUCCUACUUCCAAAAGACAUGGACCAAGUUCUUCCGCCCCGAGGACGAUUUGCGGCCGUUGGUGACCGCCUGGAAGAAACAAGUGCAACGAAGCCAUGAGGUGGAGCAGAAGAGCGUCAAGGUGGACAAGAAGGAGACUGACAUCUCCCACUUCAUUGCUUUGCUGUGCUUUGUCUACUGGCGAUUGAAGUUGAAGCCAAGCCGAGCCGUGGUGAGCUACGUUCCGAAGUUGGCGCGGCUUCAGGCCGUGGCAGUUCAGAAGUUGGCAGAGACCCAGGUGGAAUCGGUUUGCCUGCUCAUUUUCCAUGCCUGGCGCAUGUCGCCCCUUCUCGCGGAGACCAGCCACGAGGAGGGUGAUGAGGCCCCCAAAGCCCAUGCCACCGUGCGACAGAUGGCCGAAUCCAAAAAGAAGGAGUUGGAGGAUGAAAAGUCCAAGGUGGCAGCCUUGGAGAAAGACCUCAAGGACUUGCAGGAUCAGAAUGCCGCUGCCAAUGCGAAGGUGGAAAAACUGGAAGCAGAGGAUGGGGUCCUGGACAAUUCUCCAUGUGCAGAUCGCUCCGCCCCUUCCGCGGAGCUGCGCGCAGCUGCACUGGGCAUGUUGGACCACGUGGCGCGACCGCGCUGGACGGAGGCGCUGACCAGCAACGUGCGAAGGCAGUUGGAGGAAGGUCAGAGCCAUUGCGGACUUACACGUUUCUUAGCCCAGCUGAUCCUCCUCAUCAAUGACGCCCUCAACGUCGAACCCUCCGACGAAACACUCACUGCAGUCUCGCUGGAUGAUUGGAUCGAGCAGCGAGUGGAACGGCCCCUGCCCAGCUUCUUUCGCUUGGCCUCCAGCUUCAUCCCGGAGGUCUUGCAAGAAGUGAACCUGGCGAUUGAGCGCUGGGUUCGCUCCAGGGACAUUCAGGUUGAGAGAUAUGAGUCCUGUCAUGACGUCCCCGACCUGGGGAAUGAUGCCAUGGCCGUGAAUGAUGACGAAAAGUCCAGUGGGAUCACCUUUUGGUCCAAGUCCCUCUUGUUGGCGCACGAGAUCGUGCGUGCGGGAGCCUUCGAAUGGACCAACUCUGCGCGCGUAGCCUUUUCCGCGGGUUUGAUUGGCCCGGCCAAGCGAGCGCAGUGCCCUUCAGGGGUGAUGGCAAUGAAGCUGAUACGCUGCAUUGGACAUGAUGAGGAGCAGAAGCAGGAGGAGGUUUAUUCUUUGGACCAAGAGGCCCAAGAGCUCCUUUUGUGGGGCCAAGCCAACUUGUCCAAGCUGCUGUACAACGCUUGGCCACUUUGGAGUUUGCUUUCCCUACUGAGCGCGCAACGUCAUCACAGCUUUGUACUGACACCUGCUGAGCCCGAGCCCCGCCUGGACGAAGCUCUUUUGCUCCAGGCCUUGGACUCCGGGGAACGACCCUUUGGAGUGGUCUUUGUGAGCAACGUCGGAGCGGAGCUCGCCAGUGACGACCUGGCCGCAUGGCUCGCGAGAUUGAGACGUGCCUUGCUGUCCAAGGGAACCGUUGAGCAUCAAGUGCUGCUGGUCGUGCCGAAGUCUAUCAAGUCCUGUACAAAGUUUGCAUGGUUUGGUGCUUCGGGGCCACAAUUGCACUGCAUUUGGUCUCAAGAGGGUGCCUCGCGCGAGUUGGAUGCGCAAGGUUUGCUCUUGUUCAUCUUGAGCCGAGGAGUGCCAGCAGCCCUGCUGAGCACCGCCACGCUGCCCUUCCCCGGACUCGGGGAUGAAGUUGCAAAGCUCUUAGUCAGCCCAGAGACCCAGCACUAUGCCAUGUUCAUUACUGACACACAGGUGUCCGUGGGCGCGGGCGAGUCCCAUGCGCAGCGCCUCCGGGUCCAUCCGCCCUUUGCGGACAUCGGCCUGCGGCUCUUCCAAGCGUCGCCCGCGUGCCUGACGCUGGUGAGGAGCUCGGUGCGCGUGGCCUACGAGAACCCCUUCUUGUCCGCGGAGGAGGUCCUGAAUCGCUUCAACCUGACGAUGGAGAUGGAUUUCAUGCUGAAUGCCUCACAUGGCUUUGUGUCCUCGGAAGGCUGGUUUGCAGAGGAUUUGGUCAGCCGGCACCAGAACCAGGGCAACUCCACAGAUGCACACCUUUCAGGUGGCAUUCUACUGUUUACUAUGCGCCCCUUCAACAUGAUGCCCAAGUGGUUCCGCGGCACCGCCUGCCACUCGGUGUGCGGCUGGCUCUUGCAGUGUGCUCCGGAGGCCCUGGGCAGUGCCUGCGCACUGCUGGGCAGCGAUCGGCUGCUCCUCCGUACUUUGCAGAAGAGCUUUGCCCUUCAGAGUCCGUUGGCACGCUCUGCAAGACCCAGAAUCUUGCAGGCAGGGCCUUCAGGAUGUGGCACCACCUCCAUUGCCCACUUCUAUGCGAAGCAUGGGCUGCGAGUGGCCAAGAACUAUGUGGAGGGAGCAGAGAUCAGGGAUCAUGUGAGGAAAGACCUGAAAGAAGGACUGGCACCCUUUCGGAGCUUGGACCGUUUCGACGCCGUUGUGGAUGCCUUUGACGUGGUCCGGGUGGGCGUCCACUUUUGCUCCGACCAUUUGGGUCACGGUGGCAUGACCUGCAGCCACGUGCAUGGAGACGCUUUGGAUGAGAACCUGCAAGAAUAUCGGCAAAUCCUGCAGAGCUUGCACGAAGCUUAUCCAAACCUCAAGUUCAUCCACAAUAGCUGCAACUUGCAACGCUGGCUUCCCAAGAGGGUGCACAACUGCUGGCCACACUUGGUUUCUAUGGGUGAAGAUUGGCAGGCCUUUCUUGAACUGUGGAACUCUUGCUGUGCCGCCGCCUUUGGCUACGGUGGCAAUGCCUCCUGCUUUCGGAAACAGGAGCUGCAGCGGUUGCGCAUCCCUCAGCGGCUGGUGAUCGAGGACUUUGCCUAUCCCACUUGCUGUGAAGGCUUGCCUUUUUACCAGGAGGCCUGGCACGGCGUCCAUCAAUUGCUCCCCGACGUCAUCGCUCCGAACCGCUUGGUGAACUUCCACAUCGUCCACGACGAUCCGAAGACACUCAGUGCGGCCAUGGGCUUGCAGGGACUUCAGCCCUACGUGCUGGACCUCUCGGAGGAUGGAGCGAAUUUGGGAGGUGGAGCAGCAGUUUUGAGUCUUUUGGUUAUGAAGAGGUAUCAACCUGCACCGGGCCUUUUGUUUGCCCUGCCGGAGAAUUCGAUCCCAGCGCCACUUCUUGCUGGGGGUCAAUCUGGGACCAUGGACGACCUGGUUGGGCCGUCAUUGGUGGUGGAGUUGGCUGCCGCCCUUUUGAACCCAGACAACAUCACUCAGGAGCCUCUGGUGGUAGCAGAUCAGAGGGUGCAAGUGUUGCUCGUGGAUUUCUCAGUCGACAUCCUUGCACAUCUUUGGGAGUUGGGGCCCUUAGAGGAGCUAAAGGAGGCCGUGACUUUCUCCGUCUCCGAGCUGGACCUCAUUCCUCUUCCGGAGGAUCUCGUCGCAGCUGCAACAGGUUGGACAAUGGGGAAAAACAUCUCAGAGCGGGUGAGUUUCUAUUCUGCUGCAGAGGAAGAGGAAAUGAUCCCGGCCGCCACUACUCCUCGCCGGCGAAAGAAGCCAGGUACUUCUUCAGGCGUCGACAAGGCCGUCAAGCAGGAGGAGAAGCCAAAGAGGACUGCCUUCGGCGGGACUGGCGACCCUAGAGACAAGCUCCCUGGGAGUACUUCCAAGAAGAAGACCUUCGACCAGAGUGACACCUCUGGCUAUGAGCUGGACCGGGAUCCAGAGGAAGAGCGCUUCACGGGGGAGUCCCUGAGCUCCACCAUCUCGUUCCGACGGCUGGUUGCUGUCUUGCCGAGGCUGGGAAAGGUGGCUUUGAGUUUGGUGGUUGGAAGUUCAGCUUGCAGCAUGACCACCUUCAGAAUGGGCGACCUACUCCUCUCAGAGAUGUGCAACUCGUCUUCCUCAGUUGAUUUGGGAGCUUUUCCGGGCCAACGGGUCCCGCUCCACGUUGAAAAGCAAGCCGCGUCGUGGCACGCCAUGGCGCCCAAGAUGAGUAUUUUGGAGUACCGGACCGCGAAGAUCGAAGCCCAGAUGAACACCGUCGGCUUUGAGUCCGGUGGAAUGCCAAAGCGCAUGCAAGGCACAAAGCCGAACAACAUGGAUAGCUACAAGAGCCGCUUUGAAACCAUGGGCUUAGCGGGCGGUGGCUCCGCGGCCUUUGCCAAGUCCUUGCAGGGCAAUGCGGAGGCGGUUCAGCAGCGCGCCAUCGCCCUGGGCGAGGCCAUGGGCGCGGGCGGCGCUCCCGUGCCGGUGGUGGCCGACGCGGGUCGGACCAUGGAAAAGAUGUUGGAGAAGUUUGUGAAUAGUCGAUUGGACAAGUAUGCCGUCGCCGCGGCCGAACGACAAAACAAAGAGUUCAAGAAGGAAGAGAAGAAGAAACACAAGAAGAAAGACAAGAAAAAGGACAAGAAAAAGAAAGAGAAGAAGAAGAAAAAGGAUAAAAAGAAGGAGAAGAAGAAAAAGAAAAAGAAGUCCUCCUCCUCGUCAUCUUCGUCUUCUUCAUCUGCUUCAGGCGAGGAUGCGAAGAACGAUGAAGAUGGGAAAGAGGUCUCCCCAAAGAAGGCAAAGAACACGCACUCGGAGGAGGCCACCUGAAAUGCCAGGGCGGAGAAGUCGGAUGGCUGAGAUGUGGAAGUAGCUUGGACAGGCUGUUGACAUCCAAACGAUUCUAA